GUCAAGUUUGUGUGAAGUUGUGAAAAGUUGUCAACCCGAAAAAAGAGCAGAGAAACUCCUCCCGUCUUCAAAUUAUGAGCAAUCAGCAGCAGGGUGAAAUGGCCGCUGCGGAGAGCGGUGGGAGCUACAGUCAAAAGCGAAACACAAACUCACAAGACUCACAGCAGCCAUCUCCCCUCGCCUUGUUGGCAGCCACAUGCAGUCGAAUUGACACCCCAGGAGAAAACGAUUCACCUGCAGACCAACAACAACAAAACCAGCAGCAACAGUUGGACCUAAACCAGGGUGUUUUCACCUCCAGUGCCAACGGCUGGCAGGUCGUCCCUCUUAGCAUCCAAGCAACCUCAGGCACCAACACCAUCACCACCGACUCCUCGGGGGUGAUGGCAGGGGGAGACAUAGGCAAGAGCAGACAGGUGCUGUCACCAUCAGCAGCUGUGGUUAGUACUCAGGGACAGCAGCAGCAGCAGCAGCAGCCACAGCAGUAUGUGAUAGCUCAGGCACCAUCGAUGCAGGGUCAGCAGGUGCUUACCACCAUAUCAGGCAUGAUGCCAAACAUCCAGUACCAGGUUAUUCCCCAGUUUCAGACAGUAGACGGCCAGCCGCUGCAGCUGGCACACACUCAGCAGGAUUCGGCUGUACCUGCCGCUGCAGGAGCAGGGCAGCAGUUCCAGAUCGUGUCAUCUUCUAACGGCCAGCAGAUCAUAGCUACGACCAACAGAGCCGGUGCUGCAGGAAACAUCAUAACAAUGCCCAGUCUCCUUCAGGGUGCCAUCCCCAUACAAAAUAUAAGCCUAGGCAAUGGCAUGUUGCAAAACCAGCCACAAUUCCUGGCAAAUAUGCCCGUGUCCCUCAAUGGAAACAUCACUUUGUUGCCUGUCAGCACUGGAGCGAGCGGCGGGGGAGAUGCAAACAGUGGUGGGGACACAGGGGCAAACCAGCUCAUACAGCAGCAGCAACAACCAGUGUCCAGCGGCGCAGGUUUUAUGACAACUGCGUCCACUGUCACCACGCAGGCCACCUCUACUUAUGGAAUGGCACAAACACAGAACAGCAAUGGAGUCACAUUCCAGCAGAACGCAGCGUCUUCUCUGGGUGUCCCAAUACAGCCAGACAACAGAGACGGUCAGCAGCCACAGCAGAUCCUCAUCCAGCCUCAGCAGGUUAUCCAAGGUGGAACACCCCUCCAGACCAUCCAGGCCGGAACCGUUACGGCCGCUGGGGGUCAGGUGUUUGCAACUCCUACGCUCAGCCAGGAAGGGCUUCAAAAUCUCCAGAUUAUGCCAAACACAGGCCCCAUCCUCCUGCGCACUGUGGGCCCCAAUGGCCAGGUGAGCUGGCAGACCAUUCAGAUCCAGAGUCCAGCAGGACCACAGAUCACGCUGGCCCCAAUGCAGUCUCUGCCCCAACUUGGUCAGGCUCCGGGCGCCGCUGCAGCUGGAGGAGUGUCUGUCAACACAGUGCAGAUCCCAGGAAUCCAGACCAUAAAUCUCAACACGCUCGGAAGCUCUGGGCUCCAGAUGCACCAGCUGCAGACUGUUCCCAUCACCAUCGCCAGUUCAGCAGGAGAUCAGGGGUUACAGACAGCAGGAGACAGUUUGGAUGACAGUACAGCUUUGGAUGAUGAGGAUAUCAGCCCACAACCUCAAGGACGACGUAACCGCAGGGAAGCGUGUACCUGCCCCUUCUGCAAGGAUGGAGAAGGACGCAGUGAUCCAACUAAAAAGAAGCAGCACAUUUGUCACAUCUCUGGCUGUGGGAAGAUCUACGGCAAGACGUCCCACCUGAGAGCUCACCUGCGUUGGCACACAGGAGAACGGCCCUUCGUCUGCAGCUGGUCUUUCUGUGGCAAACGAUUCACACGUUCAGAUGAACUCCAGCGUCACAAGAGGACGCACACAGGUGAGAAAAGGUUUGCCUGCCCCGAGUGUCCCAAACGCUUCAUGCGCAGCGAUCACCUCUCCAAGCACAUCAAGACCCACUUGAACAAGAAGGCAGUCAACACCAGCAGCAGCACCACAGUCUCUACCGACGCCGCUUCCCCUACAGCAGGAUCGAAAGUCAGCACAGGAGCAGUGUCAGCCAGCGACCAGCACACCAUCGUCUCCAUGGAAACCUUAUCUGCAGAGAGCUUAGCUCGAUUAGCCAGCAGCGGGAUCAACAUGAUGCAGGUGGACCUUCACCAACUUAACGGCAACAGCUACUGAGGACGGCGGGGGAGCAGGAAGACGAGCCUUGGUGGAUGAUGCAUUCAGACAUUUAAAGGUUAAAAAGGGCAUGUCUAACUGCAGACGCAGAACCUCACAAGGGCGUCAGACGGGAGAGGUGGUCACAGAUGCUACACAACAGACACUAUUAUCUCCAUCAUGUAUUUAGACACCUGUGUCAUAGAGGGGUCAGAGUUGGACUGAAGCGUUAGAUUAGAGAAAUCAUCAUGAACUUUUAUUCCCCCUGAAUGGCUCGACGCUAACGUUUGUCCCACAUGAAGACUCAAUCUUACACGCUGGUGGGAUUGCAAUAACACACACAGACCGGCACUCUCGGUGUUGCAUUGGUAGCUAGUAAUAUCCUCUCUACAUGCUUCUUUAGUAAAGAGAUGACACUACUAAGUUAGUUUCUCACCCUUGUUUCAGGGCUGGGAGCUUCGCUACAUGUCCUUCACCUCAGGUGUUUCCCGCCCUCUCGGACUGGGCUGCCCCUCUAACUAUUAGCCCCUUAAUAGUAAACUCAACCCUUAAACUGAAAUUAUAACAAUCUUGGGCAGCAAAUAUUUGGUUCUCACACGUCUGGUUGCAGUUUUAGGGGAACCUGUUCACAUACUAACAAUCCCAGUAUGAUAGGAAUAAUAUGAAAAGUAUAUUAGGGUGAGGCGGGCUGGAAAACGCAAGGUCACGACCAGAUCAGAGCCAGAAGCACUAAUCAGUGUGAGGACGUCUGUGUGUCAGGGCACUGACAUCCUGAGAAUUAACUCUUUAACCUUUUAUGUAGGUACACACAUUCAAGCCAUCAUGCUUUGAUAUGUUUAUCAUAGCAAAAACAUUUUGAUUUUUUUUUAUGUACAUAUAUAUUUUUGGUAAUGUAAGGGCUACAGGAAUUCUUAGCGUAGGCAGGAUCAUCUUACAUUAUUGCAAGAGAUUGCCUUUCAGUUGUAUGAACCUCUCAUGCACAAUCAAUCUUAAUCUUAUGUUAUUACUUUUAUAUAUAUAUAUGUAGAUUAAAUGUUUAAAUUUAAGAGCCUUUCUGUCAUAGAAUAAUGUAUUCUAUACAGUCCAGAUCUUCUCAGUACUUUUUUUCCUCUGCUAUCUUUGCCUUGCAGUCACUUCAGUUUUUGUUUUCUUUCGGUGGAAAAGCGUUUCUUGUUUAGUCAUAUCUGGUCAGAGUAAAAUAUUGUGUAAGGAUGUCCAGACAGCAUAAAUAUGUAAGCUCAAAACCAAAGGUUCAUACUCAUUUUAUAAGCAAAACUAGGAAAUCUUUCUUUGGUCUGGGAACUUUCUAAUAAUUUUUACUCUUGUAAUGCAUAUGUUAAAGUUCUAACUGGAAAAAAUCCAGCUCGAGGCAGGCACCGGACACAUAUCCCUUUGUUGUCCAAAUAAAUAAGUUGCAAAAUGUACUAAGGGUCAACGUUUUUUCUGAAAAGUCGCUUCUAGCCACUAUUGAAAUCUUUUUCUUUGCUUCGGAAUUCUGCUUUAUUUGCAAAAGAUAACUUGUAUAAUGUCAGUAAAUGUGUUUAAAAGCUCUCCGUUGAAACUGUAUAGACAAAGUUCAUCGGACAACAAGUGCUCUUAUUUUUUCACCCCGUUUUAAAUAAGGGAUUUUACAUUGUGUGUAUACAACUACUGCAAAUGCCAACAGCUGGAUUAAAAUUAAGAUUCAAUGUA